GAGUUGCAAAAAAAUAACAACCAUAUACAAGAAAAAAACACACACAGAAAAAUUCAGAAGUUAAAGGAAAAAAAUUGUGAAAAAUUGCUUAAAACUCAACAAAAAAUUAAUAAAAAUUUAAAAAAUCUAAAGAAAACACAUAAAGGUGUAAAAAAAUACACAAAUUUGUGUAAAAAACUAAAAAGUUUUAUAAAUUUUCCAGCAUUUUGGCAGAAAUUAACACGUAAUUUAACUUUACUUUUGUAUAUAUUGUAUGCACUAUAAAUCCCACAAUGUCUUCGGCGCCAUAUAACUACAAUUACAUAUUCAAAUACAUCAUAAUUGGUGAUAUGGGUGUGGGAAAAUCAUGUAUUUUGCAUCAAUUUACGGAAAAGAAAUUUAUGGCCAAUUGUCCUCAUACCAUUGGUGUUGAAUUUGGUACACGCAUUAUUGAGGUCGAUGAUAAGAAAAUAAAAUUACAAAUCUGGGAUACCGCCGGUCAAGAACGUUUUAGGGCUGUGACUCGCUCUUACUAUAGAGGUGCUGCUGGUGCUCUUAUGGUCUACGACAUAACCAGACGAUCAACAUACAAUCAUCUUAGCAGCUGGCUAACGGACACACGCAACUUAACCAAUCCGAAUACUGUGAUUUUCUUAAUUGGUAAUAAAUCAGAUUUGGAAAGUACACGAGAGGUGACCUACGAGGAGGCUGAAGAAUUUGCCAAAGAAAAUGGUUUAAUGUUUUUGGAAGCUAGUGCCAUGACAGGGCAAAAUGUGGAGGAAGCCUUUUUAGAAACUGCUCGUAAAAUCUAUCAGAAUAUUCAGGAGGGUCGUUUGGAUCUCAAUGCUUCGGAAUCGGGUGUACAGCAUCGUCCCUCUCAACCCGGACGGACCUCAUUAACAAAUGAGACACCCAACAAUAAAGAUCAGUGCUCAUGUUAAACAUGUGUUUAUAUAUAUAUUUUUAAUAAUUGUUUUUUUUUUUUCUUUAAACAACAUUUAUUAUUAUAUAUAUAUAUUUUUUUUUAAUUAUUUACUAAACAUUUUUUGUAAAUUAUGUUUCUUUUAUAUUUUUCUCACACUCUUUAUUAGCUUACCCUUCUUUUUUCCCUUCUACCCCUGAACUUACUUUCUACGAUUAUAUUUGUAUUGAACAAAAUAGCUGUUUAUUAUUAAAUUAUAUUAAAAUAAGUAUAAAAUUUAUAAUGAAUAAUAAUAAAAAAAAAACAUACGUAUAUUUAAAACAAAA